UUCGAGACAGAGCAUCACGCAACAGCACAAUGACAUCAUCAAUUAUGGCUACUUGCGUGUAAGCAAUCAAACCGUCUUUUUGUUUUUAAAUUUCUUCAUAAUAUACAAGUUUAUCGAUUAAAAAUUGCCAAUAAAGAAGCCCACAAGGAACCGUGAUGAGUGAGCUAACUCCGGACGAGGUGAGACGUAGAAGACUCGCAAGACUAGAAGGAGGUGUAAGCAAUUCAACCCCAGUGAAAGAGUCAAAACCAGCAGUCGAACAAGACACUCCAGUUACGAGUAGGAAAGGUGAAACAUCACAAACACCAACAAAUCUAGAAGAUGAGCCUGACUGUGCAAUGCAGAGCCUGGAUAGUGGCCUAGGCUCUCAACUGUUGCAGAGCCUAGAUAGCGGUCUGGGUUCUCAAGGUGAUUCUCUCCCACAGAGCAUGGAAGUUGAUUCACAACCUGCAGAUGAAGGGAGCUUUUCUCAGAUGGAUGUCGAUUCAGGUAUUGAGAACCCAGAGAUGGAAGAACUUGAAAAGAAAGAAAAGAUGUCAAAAGAACUCUCCACAACUUCGCAAGAGAACAUGAUAUCAAUCAUCUGCCGAAUCUUCCGGGUGUCCUACAAAGAGCCGCAGGAGGGCACUUUCUUCCUGCAGGAGCUUUCCGCUGACUAUCAAGCAGAUCCCAUCCAAUUCUACCAGAGUUUUGAAGACUUGAUCAGUCAGAUAUUGAUGGAGGUCCUUGUGUCACACGCAUCUGGUGACAAAGAGAACGAAAGUAAACUCACACAAAUACUUAGCAAGAAUUAUGAUACAGUACCUCCAGGGUUCACUGCAAUUCCUGAGGAGACCCUGCAGAUGUCACAAGGCAGGGAAUCUCAGAUCAUCACCUACCUCUUAGAAACUUUCAAUUUGAUCAACGUUGAAGAAAGGACCUUGGGCAAGAAAGCAACACAACCCCCAGUUAGUGAACUAUUGUCAAAUGUCAGACAUCAGUGUGUGCGACACUGUAUUCUGGUGCUACAAGGAACUAUUACAAGACCAAGAGUGCCAUCUCACAUAUCUCGUCUGGUACCAUUCAUGUUAUAUGCGAAAAUCCCACGCUCAUUUCUUCAGGAAUUAAUCCAGUCGACGUACCAAGAUAAGGACACCUUUAAAAGUGUAAUGAAGCCAAUUUUAAUUGGGUUGAUGCAAGCAGCUCAGAUUUGUGGUUUGGACUCUGAAAAUUUCCUUUUACCCCUGAAAGCAUUGAGUGAGCUGGUGACUAUCAAAUGUGGCAAUAAAAGACCCAUUUGUAACCUGGUGGUUGAGUUGGACAACUGGAUGUCUCCACCAAUCACGGCGGCUGUUGGAAGAGAAAUUGAAAAGCUUUCAUUUUUAGGUGCUUUCUUCUCAUUGUCUGUUUUUGCUGAGGAUAAUACCAAAGUUGUUGACAAGUACUACUCUGGACCCAACUUAACACAUGAGGGCACCAGACUCACACACCAGACACUUAGGCAUAUCUUGUCAAAUGUCAGGGUGGAACUGUACACAAUAGCUCACACAAUGUUAGUAAAUGCAGAAACGCGCGAGAAAACGUUAGUGUACCUGGCAACUAUUCUUCAACGUAACCAGAAACGUGCCCAGAUGCAGGCAGAAGCAGCAUUGUUAGCUGGCGAUGGGUACAUGUUAAAUGUUCUCGUAGUUUUACAGCAGCUCAGCGUUAAGAUACAACUUGAAAAGGUGAAUGUUAUGUAUCCUUUUCAUCCAAAAUCACGUAUUGAUAUCUCCCAAGAAACCCGUAUGCGGGCCUCAACACAGGAAGCAAUUGAAUGGGCGCAGAAAAUUGACCCAUCAACGUGGGAGGAACCCAAGUUCAGUACAGAAUGCUACUUUUUGACGCUCCUAUGCCACCAUCUGGCACUUCUACCUACUUGCCGUUUCUACUCUAAACGAUUACGUGCCAUUAGGGAAGUGAGCCGAUUGACGGAAGAGAUACAAUCUACAGAGUCCCAAUGGAAGGGAACACCGAGUGAAGCACGCAAGAAACUGCUUCUGGAAAAAUACAAAGCACAGUUCAAGAAAUUAGUUCAAGCAAAAGCAUGUGCUGAUGGGGGCCUUCUUGACGAGGCAGUGUUAAGAGGGAGUUAUAGAUUCUAUGGUCAAGUUAUGCAAAUGGUUCUGAACCUUGUCAAAGUUAAAGGUCAAAGUAUAUCUCUACCUCUACCAACUGAAGUUGCUAUGGAGUUUGCCUCGUUGCCAGAAUGGUACAUGGAGGAUAUAGCAGAAUUUAUUCUAUUUAUUGUACAGUUUUCACCUAACAUAUUGCAAGACACAUGCCUACCAACAGUGAUCACGUUCCUGGUGGUGUUUGUUAGCUCCGCAAAUUACAUUCACAAUCCUUAUUUAGUAGCUAAGCUUAUUGAGGUUCUCUUUGUUUUGAAUCCAGCAAUACAAGAGAAAACAAAGCAGGUAUUUGAAGACAUAACAUUGCAUCCGAUGUCAUCCAGACACUUGGUACCGGCUCUUAUGAACUUCUUUACCGAUAUUGAAACCACAGGUGCUAGCAGCGAGUUUUAUGAUAAAUUUAGUAUACGUUAUCAUAUCAGCAUCAUAUUCAAAUCAUUGUGGGAAAUACCAUCUCACAAACAGGUCAUGGUUCAACAGAGCAGUGAGGGUAAAGACUUUGUGCGGUUUGUUAACAUGCUAAUGAAUGACACCACAUUCUUAUUGGAUGAGAGCCUUGACUGCUUGAAAAGAAUCCAUGAAAUACAGGAAGCGACGAAAGACAAAGAGGCUUGGAAUAGCCAAUCAGAGGAAGAGCAGCAAAGAAGGUUGAAGCAGCUGGAGACGGAUGAGAGACAAUGUCGGUCCUACCUAACACUUGCCAACGAAAUGCUUGAGAUGUUCCACUACCUCACUCGUGACAUCAAGACUCCAUUCUUAAGACCUGAGCUUGUGGCUAGGUUAGCAGCCAUGUUGAACUUUAAUCUCCAGCAAUUAUGUGGGCCAAAAUGUAAAAACCUAAAAGUAGAGAACCGUGAAAAGUAUGGAUUUGAACCACGCAAGAUGCUUAGCCAACUGGCCAGCAUUUACCUGCAUCUAGACAGCGAAGAGCUAGCUGCAGCCAUUGCUGCUGAUGAACGUUCCUACAGAAAAGAAUUGUUUGAUGAUGCAAUAACAAAGAUGCGCCAAUAUAACAUCAUGACGUCAACUGAGUUGUCACGCUUCUGUGACAUGCUUGAACGAGUCGAAAGCAUUAUGGUCCAAAAUAAACAGAAGGAACUUGAUACGGAAGAUGCACCAGAUGAAUUCAGAGACCCAUUGAUGAUGACCAUAAUGAAAGAUCCUGUUAUACUACCACCAUCAGGGACCAUCAUGGACCGACCAAUAAUAGAGCGCCACCUUCUAAACUCCCAGACGGAUCCUUUCAAUUUAUACACAUCUAGAUGUAGGAGGAAGAUAAGAGUGAUGAUGGUUGUGGUGGUGAUUGAUGAAGAUGGUGUUGAUGAUGAUGGGUGUGAUGGAGGUGGCAAUGGUGAUGAUGUGGUAGUGAUACAGAUGAUGAUAGAUUAUUGGGAUGAUUAUUGGGAUGAGGAAAAUUACUAUGGGGAGGAUGACUAA